CUUUUUACUUCUUUUUGUUUACUGAUGGCAAUGCGCUUUAUUGAAAAUACUUGUCUUUAUCAGAAACAGAAAAAGAAAUUAAUGCAUCUUGCUCUACAACUGCCCGAGAUUGUCAGCCAUAUCUUGUCAUAUUUGACAGUUGGAAACCAGCAAGAUGAACAAAAUAGAGUCAAAAUCUAUCAGCACAUUUAUCCUUGUCUCUUUGUUAAUGCACUUUGGCAUGAUUGUACCAUUCGAUUAAUGUGGCGACAUAUCACUUUCGAAGACAGCAAAUCAGAAUAUGAAGCAUUUUUGAAUUUUGCUCAAGCCAUAUCUAAUUAUCCCCAAGCCAUUCAAACCAUGGAUAUAAACUCACCUGCUGUCUUGGCUAUUGCUGUUCCCAAAGCAUCUUCAGGCUUAUUCUUUAGCCAAGACAAAAGACUCACUUUUUUAAAGCAACAAAAAAGAGACACGGAGCCGUCCAAACUCAUCGCAUUUGAUACCAAUGGAGACACAGUUCGAACAACACGAUCCGCCGCCAUGCAACAAUCUAAUAUGCAGUCUUCUUUAUGGACACACCAACAAUACCAAAACGCUGUGCGUUCUAUUUCCUUGAAAAAAAUCAAAGAUAAAACCAUCAAUGAGCCUCUUCAACACAUCGGUCAUUAUACAAAACGACUUGAAAAACUUGAUAUUUACAUUUGUGAUCAUCUUUCAGAUAGCUCAAUUUAUACCUUUAUUAUUCACAACCAUCAGUCGUUGACUUAUCUGUCCUUAGCAGGCUGUAAUCGUAUUACGGAUGAAGCUGUCUUAAGUGUAGCCAAACAUUGUCCUCGACUGGAGCAUUUAGAUUUACGUGCCUGUGGUUUAAUCUCAGAUGUAUCCAUUCAGGAAAUAGCCAACCAAUGUCCUCGACUGCAUCAUUUAAAUGUAGGCCGAGUACGCGACAGAGAAAAGAUUACGAGCAGGUCUAUCAAACUGAUUGCACUCAAGACCCAAGUGGCUGUGUUGGGCCUAGCAGGCUGUGAUAUGACAGAUGAAUGUUUGGUGUUGUUGGCUAAAUGUCGAGGAGCAGGUCUUGAACGAAUUUCGGUUAAUAAUUGCUACAGAAUUACCAAUAAGUCAGUGCAAGCUUAUGUCAAGCAUUGUCCUAAUUUGUCCGUGUUUGAAAUGAAAGAGUGUCACUGGAUUGAUGAUUGGGGAUCUGUCGCUGAGUUAGUGCAGCGUAAAGUGUUGUUGACCUUGUGUGAUCAACAAAACAGAGCUUGUGCUGAAUGGGCUCGACAGAGAGGGAGAAUUAUGGAAGUCAAAGCUCGAUGAUAAAUAAAAAGACAAUGGGCCAUCGCCAUAAAAGUAAUGUUUUUCUCUUGCUUUUCUUGGUAAGUGAUCUGGUUGCUUAAAUAUGCUACUAAACGCAUAUAAAUUUGCAAAAUCUUGUAUCAAUUGCUGUAUGAAUAUGUGCAUUUUCCAUCCCCAAUGACUCCUAAAUUAUUCGCAAUACACUUUUUACGAGUUUGCUAUGUAUUAGCACACAUAAACAAACAUUUCUAUGCAAAAAAAAUAGGUCAAGUGGCAAACUGUCCAAAAUAUUGUCAAAAGCAUUUACUACCCCCUGAAGAUUUUCUUCCACCUUUGGUUUGGUCACUCUUGGUGGUGCUCCGGAUUUUGCUAUAAUCCCUUGUGGAAGGCUGUAUCUUUUAGGUAUCAACAAUUGUGUCAAGUUCCAAGUGCCAA